GAGGCCUGAGAUCUAGACGGCUGGUGAGGAUGGGUCCUCGCCGUUCGUCCCUGUCAGGACCUUUGGCAGGGGGUCGGGGAAGCGAAGGGGGAUAGAGGGCUGCCCGCGAGUGCCCGGCCACGGAAAAGCCUCUCAUCCUACGGGCUUCUCUCUCCCACCCCCCAUUGGGGAGCUAUCCUGCGGGAGAGGAUGGGUGUCUGGGACCCCUCCGCCGGGAAUAAAGUUCCCCGACCAGAAGUUUCCUCGUCUUUAGCCCUCUUUCUUUCAUCGCCACCCUCAUCUGGAGCUGGGGUCCUGGUACCCCCUCUAAGCGACGAGCAGGGCCCGGUGGGGCUGGGAAGGAGGGGAAGGAGACUGAAGGACGUGACACAAGUCUCAGUUCCCUCCGCCCCCUGCUUCCCCGCCACCGCUGCUCUCCAAAUUGGCGCGGAACCGGCUUCUCCACGGCAUUUUGCCUCCGCAACCCCCUCGCUCCGCGGCUCAUCCAAGAUGCAGGGGUGGAGAGUGGGGGCGCUGUCUAAGCCCCACUCGAGGGUCCUGUGGAGAGAGUGGAGGAUGCAGAGAAGAUCCAUUGGGGGGGGGGGAUCUACUUUCAUGAGCAUUCGGGAUACUGGGGUGUGCAUUGUAACUAUUUGAAAACUCGCGUCCUGACUGCACAGUAAGUUCAGGAAACGCAAGCAUGUGUCCAAAGUUAAUACCAAUAGAUAACUAAUAUAGUGCCGGACGGCAUGGUAGAAUGGCUCAGGCCAUCUCCUGGGAGGCUUAGCUGUAACCUCUGAAUUAGCGUCUGAUUGGCACUGGGAGAACAUGGAUGGCAGUGUAUUUGACUCCGAUUUCCUCUCUCCCUUCCAGAGGUUUCAUACACUUGAAGAGAAUGUCAAGACGCAGUAGCCGUUUGCAAGCUAAGCAGCAGUCCCAGGCCAGCCAGACUGAUUCCCCCCAAGAGGCCCAGAUAAUUCAGGCCAAGAAGAGAAAAACAGCCCAGGAUGUCAAAAAAAGAAAAGAGGAGAAGGUCGCCAAGAAACAACAGUAUGAGAUUAGGAACUGUUGGCCACCUGUAUUAUCUGGGGGGAUCAGUCCUUGCAUUAUCAUUGAAACACCCCACAAAGAAAUAGGAACAAGUGACUUCUCCAGAUUUACAAAUUACAGAUUUAAAAAUCUUUUUAUUGAUCCUUCACCUUUGCCUGAUUUAAGCUGGGGAUGUUCAAAGGAUGUUUGGCUAAACAUGUUAAAGAAAGAGAGCCGGUAUAUUCAUGACAAACAUUUUCAAGUUCUGCAUUCUGACCUGGAACCACAGAUGAGGUCCAUACUUCUAGACUGGCUUUUAGAGGUAUGUGAAGUAUACACACUUCAUAGAGAAACAUUUUAUCUUGCACAAGACUUUUUUGAUAGGUUUAUGUUGACACAAAAGGAUAUAAAUAAAAAUAUGCUUCAACUCAUUGGAAUUACCUCAUUAUUCAUUGCUUCCAAACUUGAGGAAAUCUAUGCUCCUAAGCUCCAAGAGUUUGCUUAUGUCACUGAUGGUGCUUGCAGUGAAGAGGAUAUCUUAAGGAUGGAACUCAUUAUAUUAAAGGCUUUAAAAUGGGAACUUUGUCCUGUAACAGUCAUCUCCUGGCUAAAUCUCUUCCUACAAGUUGAUGCUCUUAAAGAUGCUCCAAAAGUUCUUCUACCUCAGUAUUCUCAGGAAAAGUUCAUUCAGAUAGCUCAGCUUUUAGAUCUGUGUAUUCUCGCCAUUGAUUCAUUAGAGUUCCACUACAGAAUACUGGCUGCUGCUGCCUUGUGCCAUUUUACCUCUAUUGAUGUCGUUAAGAAAGCCUCAGGUUUGGAAUGGGACAGCAUUUCUGAAUGUGUAGACUGGAUGGUGCCUUUUGUCAAUGUAGUUAAAAGUACUAGUCCAGUGAAGCUGAAAAAUUUUAAGAAGAUUUCUAUGGAAGACAGACACAAUAUCCAGACACAUACAAAUUAUCUGGCUAUGCUGGAUGAAGUAAAUUACAUAAACACCUUCAGGAAGGUGGGACAGUUGUCACCAGUGUGCAGUGGAGGUAUUAUGACACCACCGAAGAGCACUGAAAAACCACCGGGAAAACAUAAAGAAGCUAACUAAUCAGACAAGUAUUGACUGAGUACUGGGUAGAAUGUCAUAAAAAUGAACUACUAAUUUUACAGGAAAAGACUGCUGACUCUCCUAGCCAAUUCAGAAAUUUCACUGCCAUUCUUUGAUUGAAAAAACUACUUAAAGUUGGCACUACCGGAGAAAUGUGUUCCAUUCCUAUGUUAGCGGUGUAAAGCAACAGCAGGACUUGUUUACAAAGGUGAAUUCAUUCCCAAGGUGAUUAGACAGAAGCCAGCCACAACUUAUGCUAUAAAAAUAUUUUGACCCAGUGUUACUACAUUUAUCUUGAUCAACCAGGAGUUUUCAUUCAAGUUCUGGACAAGUGCUACCUUACUUAAAGGGUACAUUAAGUGAUAAAGUACUUGAAUCUAGUUUUUAGAUUCCCAAAAUUGAUACACUCUUGCUUAGUGCAAUUUGGUUCUUGAAAAUAAAAUUUAAAUGUGUUUACAAAAGUUUAGUUUUAUAAUAAGGUGACUAAUUUAUCCAUAGCUGCUAUAGCAAGCUAUUAUAAAACUUGAAUUUUUACAAAUGGUAAACUUUAAUCUGUUUUUUAACUAGAGUAUUUGCCUUACCAUAACGUAUUUAACCUGUAAGGCUUAGAAGAACAUGGUGUUUAAACUGUGCUCUAAACAGUGGGAAUACCAAAGAAAUUAUAAAUGCUGUGGCUCCUACUUGGGUCUUUGACAUACAGGUUGCUUUACAGUAACUUUUUUGUACAUCACAAUUUGAGUGAAAAAAAACCUUAAGUACCCUUUGAAACUAUUUAUAUGAGAAAGUCACUUUAUUACUCUAAGGCAUCCCUAAGGAUUUUUUAAAAACUUUAGUGUGACUAAGGCUUUAUUUAUGUUUGCAAAACUGUUAAGGUCCUUUUGGAAUUUCCACAUGAGUUAAGGACAGUGUCAAAGUGAUAAAUCUUAACACCUGACCUAAACUUCUAUUAACGUGGAAAAGUAUUAAAUGUAUACUAACUCCCAGCAACCUAUUUAUUUAAAAAAACAAAA